CCGCGAUGGAGAGCGCUCCGACUGUCAGCCAGGUAAUAAAUAAAGGGGAUUCAAGCUUUGCCACAGAAUCACAGGAAGAGUUAGAGGAAAAUCCUAGUCCUAUUGUUGAUGAGAAUAAUAUGGUGUCAGUGAAAAAACAGGGACCAAACGUACAUAACUGGAGUGGUGACUGGAGCUUUUGGAUUUCAAGUUCCACCUAUAAAGACAGAAAUGAAGAAUACAAAAGACAAUUUACACAUCUCCCUGAUACAGAGAAGCUCAUAGCAGAUUAUGCUUGUGCUCUUCAGAGAGACAUUUUGCUUCAGGGACGACUAUACCUUUCAGAAAACUGGCUGUGUUUCUAUAGCAACAUCUUCAGAUGGGAAACCACAAUUUCUAUUGCUUUAAAGAAUAUAACCUUCAUGACCAAGGAGAAAACAGCUCGACUCAUCCCAAAUGCUAUCCAAAUCGUUACAGAGGGUGAAAAGUUUUUCUUUACAUCCUUUGGUGCCAGAGAUAGAAGUUACCUCAGUAUCUUUAGGCUGUGGCAGAAUGUAUUACUGGAAAAGAACUUGACCAGACAAGAAUUUGUGCAACUGCUGCAGCAGAACUAUGGCACUGAGCUUGGCUUAAACGCUGAAGAAAUGGAGAACUUAUCCUUGUCAAUUGAGGAUAAUGUGCAGCCCAGAAGUCCAGGAAGAAACAGCUUGGACGACUCAGGAGAGAGAGAUGAAAAAUUAUCCAAGUCAAUCAGUUUUACCCGUGAAUCAAUUAGUCGGGUUUCAGAACCAGAGUCCCUGGAUGGACAUUCACCAAAGGUGGGAUUUGGGAAAGAUGAACCCCAAAGUGAGAAACUUAGCAAAAAGUGUCCUUUCCUAACUUCAGAAAUGAGGUUAAAUAGAGUGGUACCAAAAUCACUGGAUUUGAAUAAAAAUGAAUAUCUUUCUCUGGACAAAAGCAGCACUUCAGAUUCUGUUGAUGAAGAAAAUAUUCCUGAGAAAGACCUUCAUGGAAAACUUUACAUCAACCGUGUUUUUCACAUCAGUGCUGAAAGAAUGUUUGAGUUGCUCUUCACCAGUUCACGCUUUAUGCAGAAAUUUGCCAACUCUAGAAAUAUAAUAGAUAUAGUAUCUACUCCUUGGAAAGUACAAUCUGAUGGCGACCAACUGAGGAACAUGAACUACACCAUACACCUUAAUAAUCCACUGGCUGGAAAAUGCACCUCUGUCAGUGAAAAGCAGAUACUAUAUAAAGAAAGUCGGGAAGCACAGUUUUAUAUGGUAGAUUCAGAAGUAAUGACACACGAUGUCCCCUAUCACGAUUACUUCUAUACCCUGAACAGAUACUACAUCACCCGAGCUUCAAAACAGAAAUGCCGGCUGAGAGUUUCCACAGAUUUGAAAUACAAAAAACAACCAUGGUCCGUUAUCAAAUCUUUGAUUGAGAAGAAUUCCUGGAGUUCAUUGGAGGACUACUUCAAACAGCUUGAAUCAGAUUUGCUAGUGGAAGAAUCUAUGUUAAGUCAGUCCAUUGAAGACCCUGGAAAACUUAGUGGCCUACGGAGGAGAAGGCGAACAUUCACCCGAACAGCAGAAACAAACCCUAAACUUUCUUCUCUGCGUUCUUCUGGAGAUGUGGGCUUAGAAGCCAAAGGGGAUAUGACAGGAAAGAAAAAGGAAAUGGGAAGCUACGGCCUCGCUCUUGUGGUGGUGAUGAGUAUUUUUUUGCUGUUGCUAGUUUUGUUGAAUGUGACACUGUUUCUGAAGCUGUCAAAGAUGGAAUAUGCUGCUCAGUCCUUUUAUCGUCUCCACCUCCAAGAAGAAAAGUCUUUAAAUUUAGCCUCUGAUACAGUGUCAAGAGCAGAAAAUAUUGAAAGCAACAAUGAUCGGGCGCACCGUUUAAAAGGAGUGCUCCGAGACUCCAUUGUGAUGCUGGAGCAGUUGAAGAGCUCACUCAUUAUGCUUCAGAGAACUUUUGAUCUACUAAAUAGAAACAAGACGGGCACGGCUGUUGAAAGCUAGUGAAUUUAAGAACUGAAGUUUUUGAAGGAAACUAAAGGAUGAAGGAUCUUAAUCGUCACAGGAACAUUUCUGUACUCUCACCACUGGUACUUCUGAUAUGAGCAUUCUUUUAAAAUAGCAUUUACUUGAUAGUCUCCAAAGGCCUUAAAAAUCCAUCCUUUUACUUAUACAUAAUUAUAAGCUGUGAAUUUCUUCAGUGAACCAUGAAAUAUACUGUGGAUUUAAAUUUCUGUGAUACAAAAAGAAAAUGGGACAUUCUGAACUGAGUGGCAUGGCCUCCUAUUUUUAGUGAGGCUGGAGUUUGAUGCUUUGCUUGUUAGUGUAGAAUAGUCUGAGGCCUUUGGGCUCCUUUAUGGUUGAGGUAGCUGGAAAAGGCUGAAGAAGACAAUACAAGAAGAAACCUCUUAAACAUUACUAAUAUUGAAGAAUUAGUCUCUAGGCACAUAAAACUACUAGGUUUGUGUACUGUAAAUAUUAUAUAUUUUGCAGGUAAAUUCAGUGGUCAAAACUUUUGAUUGUUAUCUGAAAGGCUCUUCAGCCAUGUUAUAUCUUUAUGAAAGUAGUUUUUGUUUUUUCAUCAGACGUCUUUCUUUUUUCAUGCAUCAUAUGAUAGAAAAGUCAAUGUUCAUGAAGGAAACAUGCAGGAUAUUAACAUUCAAAAGGAAUAAAAACACAUCCUGAGUUUUCAAAGCCAGAUUAUAUGAAGAUCCGCAGUUAGUGACAGGUCAAAUGAAUACUUGAACUAAGUUUAGCUUUAGCUUUAGCAGCCUUUCGUGGUAGGAAUGAGCUGUCUGGUUGAAGAUAAUUUAGAGGUAGUUUUUUCAGUAGCCAGUUAUGGCAUGUUUUAAUAUUUAAGGUUAAAAAAGCCAGACACAGACUUUGGUCUUUAAAUAAAAACUUUUGGGAGCAUUAUGUCUCACUACAAAUGUACUGAUUAAAGUUGUCAGACUGAAGACUUGGCUUUUUCAUAAAAUGUUUUUAGGCAUAUUAUCUCCGUACAUGCUUCUGGAACAAGAAAAAUUCAUACAUAUUCUUGGAACAACCACUGCCUUUAAAUGUUGCCUGUAUUCCCUGGGUCACCAAAGUCACCUGGGAUUACUACAGUUAUUUUUGAGAUGCCUGCAGAGAAUGAAAGUAUUGACUCUGUUAGAGGGAAAGUGCUUCUUUCUGAGUGAAUCUCAUAAGCCUGCCUUGGGGUACCAGUGUACCUCACGGUUUUUUGAUGAAGAAUUUAUAAGUGUCUGGCUGUGAGCAGGUGACUGCAUUAUAAACUUGAAUCCUUGUCCUUUGUGAAAUUCACAAAAAUGAUCAGUGACAAGCUGAGUAUUUUUGUGGUUUCUUUAAAACCUGUACUUCAUAAUAUACCUCAAAGAAAAUUACCAAAGUUGCUUAUACAU